CGGCUUCUAGAUUGCUCCAAAGCUGGUAUUGGGAAAUGAGCUUACUCAUGCUGAAGUUCUUGCAGUAAAGAAUCCAUUUAGAUAGUCCGUUUCUAGCUUUGGACAGGGUGCCCGCUCACAGUUGAAAGCCGGAUUUCACUACUUUAUAGGACCAAGAACCAUGGACCCCAAUGCGACUGAUGUACCAGUUCCCGGCCUGCAAAUAAAAUCAACGACGUCACAGAAGCUGGACACAACCUGGUUGACUGCGCUGGUAGCAUUACUGAUUUUGGCAAUCACAACUCGCUUCAUCAGUGGUCUUCUUGGGCCAUCGAAGUCUGCUCAUGAUGGAUCCAAGAGUGUACCGAUGAUUCCAUAUUGGAUUCCCAUCAUCGGACAUAUACCCCAGUUCAGUUUCGCGCCCCAAGAUUUGUUGAGCAAAGCACGCGACACAUAUCGAAGUGGUGUCUUUGCUCUCAAUUUAGGCAGUACAACACACAAUAUUGUCUUUUCACCAUCCAUGGGUGGAUCUUUGAUGAAUCAAAAGCACUCAAUCGCCAAUAUGGACUCGGUAGGCAAGCAUGUCAUGACCGCUGUGUUUGGAUUUCCGAAGUCGAAAGCAUCCAUGCAAAGGUACGAUGCUUCGCUUUCAGGAUUAAACACAUGCUAUAAGCAUUUGAUCUCCGAGUCGUCCUUGAAGAAUAUGGUUCAGAACACGAUCGAUGUAACGAAACGCAACAUUGCCAAUCUGGUCACCUUUUCCGAAAGCAGAGUCGACCAAGUAGAGUGGGAACGUACCAGCAAUGCCGAAACAAACACGAAACCUGAUGGUGAACUAGUCGUGGAGGCUAGUAUGAUGCCCUUGAUACGCGACUUCAUCGCUGCGAACGCAAAUCCAUCUCUCAUAGGCUCUGAUUUUGUCAACAACAAUCCCGACUUCUUCCAGGAUCUUUGGGAUGUGGACAGAGGAUUUAAAUGGCUUGCCACCGGACUUCCUGCGUGGUUACCUAUUCCUCAGGUCUGGAAAGCAAAGAUUGCACGAAACCGUGCUUUCGAUCAAAUACUCAAAUUUGAAGAAGCAAUGGAGAGGAGAGCGAAUGGCGAGGAUCCGGGACAAGAAUGGCAGGAUCUUGACAAUGUCGGUCCGGUGCUCACCGAGAGACUGACCCUGUAUCGUCAACUCAGAUUUACCAUGAAUGAGCGAGCAGCCCUGGAACUAUCACUGCUGUGGGCUAUGAACGCGAAUGCAAACAUGCUGGUCUUCUGGAUGCUCAACCACAUCUACGCGGACAAGGAUGUUCUCGCCCGACUACGCGAAGAAAUUGCGCCAUUCGUGCAUGCUUUCCAGCCCAAACAAACUCUCAAAAUGCCAGAACCACCUCGUAUUGACACAUUCGACCAUGAGGCCCUGACGAGCAAGUGCCCCUUACUCAAGAGUUGCUAUAUUGAGUCCCUUCGCCUAGACGCCGCGCCCUGGAGUUUUAGAGUCAUGCAAGAGGACUUGGUCCUUCCGGCUUCCAAGGAGAAAGAUGCGGAGAGGUUCUUGCUGAAGAAAGGAACGUAUGCUCAUAUUGCUCACUCUGUUCAUCAUACGGAUCCGGCCUAUUUCGACGAUCCACAGGCGUGGAGAGCGGAUAGACAUAUCAAGCACGAGCGAGGAGACGACGAGGUCUCUGUAAACAUGGGAACGAUUCGACCAUAUGGUGGCGGUCACUCCAUGUGCAAGGGUCGUGCUUUUGCCCAAAAGGAGGCUUUGGUCUUUGCGGCGGCUUUCAUCAGCAUGUGGGACAUGGAACCCGCUGACGGUGCUCCUUGGAAAUUGCCACGAUACAAACCUGCUACCGGCGUGUACAGCACAAACGACGAUAUUCGAGUAUGGAUAUCACGCCGAAAGGGACUGCCAGAAGUAUAGUGAGGAGGGUGUUUUGCUCAUAUCAGAUAGGUGUAUCACACUAUGCCGAAUGGUACUCUUGUCAGUUGAAAGUUUUGUUGUUUUGUGAUACAUGACAAAAGGUAUUUUCUUUUGCAAGUCACUCAUUGCCGUUCCUCUCUUCGAGUCAACAGGCCAAGUGA